UUUCCGGUAGGGAAGGAUUUCCAGGCGUACUGCAGACCCGGAAGUGUUAUGCAGGGCAUAGAGAGGCGCACGUGAAUCAGGGAGAGUUGUGUGACAUUGACGCAUGGUUGCUGUCACAGGCAGGGAUGGGGGGCUCAGCUCUUCACAGGGCACUGAGGCAUCGGGUGGUGCUUUAUAAUGGGCAGAGGUGGCUGUCAGGAAAGGACAGAGGGGAGAUAAACACCCUGCUGGAGGAGGCUUAUACACAGAAAGAUGAAGAAGAGGAUGUGGAGAGCCCCAAACCAGACAGGAGGUCCCCCACUGACACCACAGUCCUCCUCUUCCCAGGACAGGGAAGCCAAGCAGUGGGCAUGGCAGGUGGGCUCCUGAAGUACCCCAAUGUCAGGGCGAUGUUCCUGACUGCCCACAAGUUGCUGGGCUACGACCUCCUGGACCUGUGCCUCCGGGGCCCCACCGAAGUGCUGAACAAGACCAUCCACUGCCAGCCUGCUAUGUUUGUCACUUGUGUGGCUGCCACUGAGAAGCUGAACCAGGAAAACCCAUCUGCUCUAGAGAACUGUAUUGCGGUGGCGGGAUUCAGUGUUGGGGAGUAUGCUGCACUUGUGUGCGCUGGUGCUUUAGAUUUUACAGAAGCUCUGUAUGCAGUAAAAGUGAGGGCAGAAGCUAUGCAGAAGGCCUCUGAAGCCAUACAGAGUGGCAUGCUCUCUGUGAUUGGGAGCUCCAAGACAAAAUACAGCACCGCCUGUGCCGAGGCCCAGGACCACUGUCUCACUUUGGGCAUUACGGACCCGGUGUGCGAGGUGGCCAAUUAUCUGUUUCCAAAUGGCAGAGUGAUUGCAGGACAUAUGGAGGCCAUUCAGUUCCUUCAGAACAAUUCCCGCAAAUAUAACUUUUUCCGGACUAAGCUUCUACCGGUAAGUGGCGCCUUUCACACCCGUUUAAUGGAACCUGCUGUGGAACCUCUGGCGGAAGCACUGAAGGGUUUGACAUUCAAGAGUCCUCUAGUUAAUGUUUACUGUAAUGUUGAUGGAAAGAGGUACAUGCAAGGCCCAACCAUUGAGCAUCUCCUUGCCAAACAGCUGGUAUCCCCCGUGAAAUGGGAGCAGAUCAUGCACACCAUCUAUGAAAGAAAGAAAGGAAAGGACUUUCCCCAGACUUUUGAACUGGGACCAGGACAACAAAUGGGAACAAUAUUGAAAACUUGUAAUCUAAAAGCAUGGAGGUCAUAUGAGCAAGUGGAUGUUUUUGAAAAAGAUUUAGAGGUGGACUAACGUUGGGACUUUUUAUUGACUUGUGUGGCUGUAUAUUUCUGUUUUCAUGCAAAAUAGUAGAUUUUUCAGAGAAAAAUGCAAAAUAAUCUUUAUAGAGGACAUAACUUGUGGUUCAUGCUUUCUUGUUUGUCUGUGAGCACUUGCCCCCAUUUAUGUUAUUUUAAUUUGUUUUGAUGAUGAUUAAGAUGUUUGAUUGACAAUAGGCUACACUAGCAGUUCAGCCAGGCACAGCUCAAUGUGGUGGGUGGGUCCUGUAAUUUAGUCAACCAGAUUAAAGAGGAAUAUGUAAGGUGUGGUUCUCAACAACUUUGAAGGCUUAAUGAGAGGGGAGUUCUUUCUGUGGUUGUAAUGUGCUAAGUGGGAGGAGCACAUAAAUGCACAGAAAUUGAAUUUUUUAGGGUAAGCCUGUCCCGAACCCCAAAAAGUAUACUACAAAAGAGAAGCACAAACAUAUCCCCCUAAAGGUAUCGCAUUUAACGGUCAUGUAAUACAUUCAAAAAUAAAACCAAAUAAGGUAAAAAAUAUAUCCAAAGUGUUCAAAACAUGGUAUAAAUAUAAUGUAUAGUUGGUAAAAAUUUCUAAAUCGCAAUUAUCAAAGUUUCAGUUGCGUUGCUGAAAAAUGCCCUAGUGCUGUUCCUUGUGCACCUUCAUUCAGCAGAAACGUACUCGUAGACAGUUGCGAACUCCAAACUAGAGGUAGGUUAGAAAAAGCCUUGCACCCAAAUGGUAAAGCUCAAAAAAAAAAAAAAAA